AUGCACUACUUAUUAUGGAUACAUCUCUCUCUCUCUCUCUCUCUUACUUUCUUUGUGGAUCAUAUGUUUUGUUUCUAUUUACUUUGCAUUAUUAACUAUUCUUGUUUGUUUCUCAGUGGUUACUCUCCCUCUCUCUUUUGCACAAAUAGUAAAGCGACGAAAAAGGCAGGAGGAAAGGGGCUGUGUGAAGAGACAGUCACAAUGAAUUAUACUCAAGCAGGCAAAAUGGGCCAUUGGAAGCGGCCCACUGAAGAACAGCGGUGGAACCUCUUGGAGGAAAUCUACGCCAAUUAUGAGGAGGUCAACGCACAGCAGCAGGAAAUUGCCAAGCGGAAACGUGAGAUGGGCGCGGAAUUGCUUGAUGGCAAUCAGAAUAAAAUUUUUCGGAUUCUUUUCAGUGAAAACCCCUCCAAUACCGCUCGCUUCGGGGAUUGGGACACGUACGAGAAAAUAGAGCAGACGCUGAAGAAAUUUGUGUAUACUCGCGGUCAGAAUGUUUCCAGCGAGGAUACAAAAGAGGCGGCCCUUAGUGAGCAAGUUGACAAUUUAAAAAACAUUCGUGCAGAGCAGAAAAAACGCAUUGCGUCGCUAGAAGUAUCGCUGGCAUCCGCGCAGGAAGAGUUGGCAGGAGUCAUGGAUAUGCUGCGGCUCAAGGACAAGGAGAUUGCAAAAAUGAAGCGGUUUUUUCUUGUGAAGCAGCUGAAGAAUUCCCAAAAGCUGCGGGAGAAUGAGGAGAUGGAUCCCGAGGAUCCUUCUGCGGCGAAAAGGAAGGAAGUUUAUGAAGACAUGCAGGCAAUUAUUGCAGUUAAUAAAUCCAUUGAAAAAGAGAAUGCGCGACUACGCAAUGCGUUGAAGGCGAAGGAUUUCUUUGAGUGGGUUGACACCAGCGAUUCCGCUGCAGCAAUUAGGAGAUCGGCCCGUGGACCGGCCUACGGAGAGCAGAAGACCAACAGCAGCAGGGCCAGCUCCUUUGUCAAUGAUGACAGAAGAACAAGCAUGUCCCCCGCUGGAAAUUCACCUCGUACACGUACCCCAGGCAGUCCGCGGAGGCAGGUGGGGGGAUUAUUCGACGCGAAGGACCUGCAAUCCUCCAAUAAAAAUGGCAAGCAAAACAACAAAACGACAACCCAAAUAUGUGACACCGGCCACGCGGGCAGCAGCCAAAAAGCAAACAGUGGGGUAUCAACCGAUGGAGUAGAAGCAGAUGAAUUGAAGGGAGAUAUUCCUUUGGAGUCAACGACUGGGAUUCAGCGGCGCACCAGUGUACUCUCCCGAUCAGAGAGCGGCGUCACGACGUUCAGCAACGAAGCUGCGGACUCGAAUACACUUGCAGAACCUGAAGCGAGAAAAAGAUAUAUUCAGGAACGAGCUCCCAUGACUGGUCUGCUCAUGAGGCUUCACGCGGAACGUAUGAUGUGGAAACGCCGACUGGAAGCUGAAAUAGCCAACGCCAUGUCCCUUCUUGACUAUGAUUCCUACGUGGGGCACGCUGCCAAUCAUGAAUCAAUACAGGACUCUGUUGGUCCUAACGUGUUAAGUUUGGCAAAAUUUGAAGUUGGGACUUCGAACCAGUCUGAAAGUGCCAUCCAUCUUUAUUCCUCUAAAGAAAGCCUUGACAGUCACGGAAUGGAAUUGCUGCUGGAUUCUUACCGAGGGAAUACAGCAAAUCCGGAAAAUGAAGCUUCCCUGCCAAGUGCAGGCGACUUGAAUGCAGCAAAUUUAGGAGAUGGCAAUGUAAAUGACACUAUGGAAGAGAGCAAAGGCCGUGAGAGCUCAGUGGGCUCAGCAGAGGACGAGACAUCCCUAUCGGAUACGAGUAACCAGACGAAAAAAAAGGCAAGAAGUCCUGAGGCGCUUGAUUCUGAGAGCGCGGCAAAGUCAGAGAUCCAAGUGUUGCAACAUGCGGAUGUUUUUGAGCCUGCGUCAUUUAUUGAAUCUUCUGCAAUUCUUCUCUCACAAUCUGGUAAGGAGGAUGGACAAGACCGUGUAUCGGCAGGGGACAUCUGUAGUGACUUGAAUCAUGAAAAAAAUGUUGUGUUAUCCCCCGUGUCGACAGCAGAGGAGGAAGUGGUGGUGACAACCCGGAAGGAAACACCUAAGGGUGCAUCCAUGGUUCCUCUUUGGUCCUCUGGUGACGAACGGAAGGCGAAACCAGUUAAUGAAACCUCCGAAUGUUUGACAAUUGGUAGGGCCUCAGCAAACACUUUCACUGAUGACGAGCAGCAGGGGAAGAAAAAUGCAGCAAAUGAAGAAAAGUCAGAGACUCGUAAAGGUCUGGUAGGGCACCACGAUGCAUUUCGUGUGGUAAAGAUGGAAAUGAAGAGAAUUCGGGAUGAAAAUCAAUUUAUGCGUUCUGAAAUGGAUAAAUAUUUCUCUCUCUUGGGCCAAAUUCUUAGCAUGUUGCGAGAACGUGACGGACAGGUGGAACAGACUAUCGAAGCUGAAAGCGCAGCAUUUGUGUCUGGAAUGGCGGAAGAUGUGAUAAGGGAAAUGGUGGAGCAGCGCGUGUUUGAGGAACUUGAGAAGCACGGUGUAGCCCUCCAGCGGUAUUCAGGACACCCCUCUACCCUGACUGAUGAGGAAUGGACGCAGAAUCAGCUUUACAACGCCAUUGUGAAUUCAGCACAGGAAAACAUCGCCAAGGCACUCUUUCAGCGAAAGGGCAAACGCGGGCAAAAUCGUGAAGCUCAAAAUGCCCCUUUUGGACGCCCCCGGCCGAAGGCUCAGGGAUUUCAGCCGUCACCAGGCUCACUUCAUAAAGCUGCGGUUCGGAUCACGGAAGCCGAUCCUGGUGCAGGAAAGAAGGUAAAUAAUUUGUCUCCCGGGCAUCCUUCGAAGAUCGAUUCCACGGUUGGGGUGCCCAAUACUGAAAUGAGCUCCAUGAUGGCACCCCAACCCCCUCCAAAAAGAGACUGGAGGGAGGAGGCGGGGGAAAACGAUGAGACGGCAGGAACCCCAACAGGUGCCAGCGACACGCCAAGUGUAAUUCGGCGGAAGGCAUGGAUGGAUCGUUUCGCCGCGGACAAUGGAAGCAUCGAUGAAGAAGAUGAGGAACGAUAUACGGGGGUCAAUCCCCUCUCAUCGAUUGGUUCCGCGGCAUUCCCGCACGAAAGGGGAGGUCGAUGGCACACGGACCUACGUUCUCGUCUUUUGCCGCUUAGCCGUGGGACUUUUCUAGGCCCUCUUGGCCAAGAAGGCUUGAGAGGAUAUUCAGGUUUGAGCCGCGACACUGUUCCUCAACCGAAACAUUUUGAAGGAAAUAUUCUGGAGUAUCUGCGGAAACUCCAACCACGUAAAAAUUUGGGCGAUACAGAGGACAUGGCUCCAAUAGUGUAUCGAUACGAUAUUCAAACUGCUCUUUCUAAGAUGAGACUUGAAUUUCAGAAGAACGUUCGUUCCGCGGCUGCAAAACUGCGAACACCAUUCUUUGAAGAUGCCUUCAGACUCAACAUAUUACCUUACGCAUCUGCUGCAAAAUCUCUCCAGAAUGGUCACAGGAUGACGCCUUGGAUGUUGGCAGUCAUUCGGCAGCUAAGAAUUGAAGAAGAAAAAAGAAAUCAAAAGAUGAGACGUUUUCUCUUUGGGAGGGUUGCGACAAAUUUGCGUGCAAGGCGUCUGCUAAAUAGUAGCAUCUGUCGAGGAUCCGCAUUUGCUUCCUAUUUGAUCGUUUUGUGGGAAAAGUGGCUGGAUCGCUGGCAGAAGAAGCGCGCGCGUAUGCGACAAGAGGGGGAAGCCGAUUUGAACCGCGUUUUGGAUAUGAUAGCAGCUAACCUAAGAUGUCGACAAAGGCAACAAAAAGAAGAGGCACGGCAUUUGAAGGAUAUGAAGAACCCGCUUCUUGACCCAAGCAGCUCGCACUUCAGGGAAGUGCAUUUUACCCCCAGGCAUUAA